CGUGUUAAAUAACCGUAUAAAUAUCGGGGCUUAACCGGUAAUCGGUGUCAGUGUGAUGUGAAAGAUUAUUUCGACACUAUCAACAAUGCUCCGCUUCACGUUUGUUGUCGGCUUUGCUCUCGCCAUUUUGGGGAUCGUCGCAACCGAGGAAUUGUACCCCGACAAGUACGACGGGAUUGACCCGUUAGGAAUUGUUGAAAACGAUCGCCUCCGUAAGCAGUACUACAAAUGCUUCAUGGACGCGGGACCUUGCGUUACCGCUGAUGCGCAAUUCUUCAAAGGAUUCUUUCCGGAAGCAGUAUUGACGAAGUGCCGUAAAUGUACAGAAAAGCAAAAGGAGAGUUUGGAUAUUUUGGUGGCAUGGUACGUCGAACAUCAGCCGGAUGACUGGAACACCCUGGUCAAGCAUUUUCUUGAAAAUGCCCAGAAGCAGAAACAUUGAGAAAGCACAUUUACUCAAUGAGGGAAAUGCACGCGAAUGCUGAA